CCAUGUUGGGAGGUCGACCGUAACAUCAAGAACGCUCCUGGUUGGUGAAGGAUGCGCAUUCUUAUCAAGGGAGGCGUCUGGAAGAACUCCGAGGAUGAGGUCCUCAAGGCGGCGGUCAUGAAGUAUGGCCUCAACAACUGGUCGCGGGUAGCCUCGCUCCUGGCCAGGAAAAGUCCUAAGCAGUGCAAGGCCAGAUGGUACGAGUGGCUUGACCCCACCGUGAAGAAGACGGAGUGGACGCGAGAGGAGGAGGAGAAGCUCCUGCACCUCGCGAAGCUCUUUCCCACGCAGUGGCGAACCAUAGCUCCGAUAGUGGGCCGCACGGCCUACCAGUGCCUCGAGCAUUACGAGAAGCUCUUAGACCAGGCGCAGGGGCGCGACGAGAUGGACGAGAAUGAUCCUCGUCGCCUGAAGCCAGGCGAGAUCGACCCGCACCCCGAGACCAAGCCAGCUCGUGCCGACCCCAUCGACAUGGACGAGGACGAGAAGGAAAUGCUGUCAGAGGCACGAGCGCGCUUGGCUAACACCCGCGGCAAGAAGGCCAAACGGAAGAUGCGCGAGAAGCAGCUGGAGGAGGCCCGACGACUGGCGGCCCUCCAGAAGCGGCGAGAGCUGAAGGCCGCGGGCAUCUCGACUGCCCGGAAGUACAAGCCACGCAAGGGCAUCGACUACGCGGAGGAGGUGCCCUUCGAGGCCGCACCCCCGAUGGGCUUCCACGCCACGGGCGCGGAGGAGACUCCGAAGGUGACGCUUGGCUUGACCAAUAUCACCCUUCAAUCGGUCGAAGAUAGGACCCGCGACGAGGAGGAGAAGCGGCGGCGAAAGGACGACGAGCGGAAGCUGAAGCGCCUGAAGCAGGACAACUUGCCAGAGGCGAUCGAGAUGAUAAACAAGCUGAACGAUCCGCAGCAGCUGCGCAAGAGGACCACGCUGUCGCUACCGGCGCCGCAGCUCAACGACGAGGAGCUCGAGCAGAUCGUGAAGAUGGGCGCCGACGCCGCGGCGCUGUCGGCGCAGAGCGCGGACAGCGCCACGGCCGGCCUGGUUCAGAGCUACGGGGAGACUCCAGGCUCCACGCCGUUGCGCACGCCGAAGCAGCAGAACACCGUCCUGAUGGAGGCGCAGGAUGCGAUCGCCAGAAAUGCCAUGCAGACCCCGCUUUACGGCGAGCAGAACCCGUCGAUGAACGAGACUGACUUCAGUGGAGCGAUGCCGACGCCGAAGCAGGGCAUAGUCACGCCGAACAUCUACGCCGAGCAGGCGCGCUCCGGCAUGACGCCGGGCGCCACGCCGGGCGCCACGCCCGGCGGCGCGACGCCUGGCGGUGCCACCCCCGGCGGGCGCACGCCCGCGUCGGGCCGCGGGCAGAGGGGCGCGCCGCCAGGGACUCCUGCGAGCGUCGCUGGAAGCGCGGCCCCCAGUGCCGCUGGCAGCGUGGCCUUGCGCGACGGGCUGGCUUUGAACCAUGGGGACGAGGACAUGGGGAUGCCCGAGAAGCUGCGCAAGGCGCAGCACAGGAUGCAGAUGGAGACCGCUCUCAAGAGCCUCCCAGCUCCGGUGAACGAGGUGGAGAUCUCCAUGC